CAGGCACAAACGUUGUAACCGACAAACGACACUCUCCGUCUCGCCAAAAUGCAGAGACACUCAUAUGGGGAUAUAAAAACGCUGAUCUCAUCCUAUCCAUGUCAGACUUCAAGCAGAGAAAAUGAUCACGAGAAUCGGUUACAUCGGUCGUUAAUGACAUUUGAUUUACUUCACUGCUUCCAACCAGCAAGCGGCAGCGGAGGUCAUUGAUUGAGCAGACGCCUGUAACUGGAUACGAUCUCCGGAGAAACGGUGCAGCCUGACGCUUUCAAUCUCUCGCUAUAGUUUCCGUCACACCAUUAUUUCUUGACUUUGCCUUUAAUUUCUCUUAAACCAUUUACAGCCAAUCAGGGCAGGAAUCCGCGGGAUACCGCGAAUUUCAUUGGUCAAAAUAUUCUUCGGAGGAAAAACUAUCGGUUCGGCUGAGACUGUUGAUUCUGUGCAUAGGUUCCAGUGUGUUGAACUUUGGUAUCAGCGAGCACAUGUCUUCUUUGAUCAUUGUGUUGUCUGAAGGAUCAGUACUAGUAGUAUGUACAGGAGUCUUGUUUAGUGCACAUACUCAGCAAAUGUAGAAUUUUGUUUAUGUCGGGACCGAGCGGGACUUAGCAGCGCAUGCGAUUGCUAGAAUGUGAAAACAGGAACAAAGAUACGUAAAGUUGACAUUUGAGUUACACGGCAGAUUGUAUUUCUCUGUUCAGCACUUCAAAGGAUCAACUGGUUGCGUGUGUUGUUUGACAUUGUAAGCUGAUGAUGGUAAUGAUUAUGAUGGUGAUGAUGGUAAUGAUGAGAUACUGAGUUCGAACAAAAAGAAUGCUCUUGAAGUUUAGUCCCCUGUAUACUCAUAAGUUGAUAAGUCAAUAAGGAACCAAGCAACUUCACGAAUGUAUGAAGUUUUCGUUAUACUCUCUGGAUGCAUUCUGAAAUACAGAAAACAGGACCAGGGAUCUGUAUGUGAAGUUCCAAAAUUACUUUGUUUAUAGAUUAAACAAGACACCAAGCAAAAUACUAACACUUUGCAGACGACAUUUAAUUCCAGUUACACCCUGGUUAAUAUCGAUUGCUACGUCCAACACGGAACCAAGAAAUUACGUGUGGAGUUUGUUUUGUUAUACACCCUGGAUGUUAGUAUCUGGAUGUAAGCUGAGAUACAUAAAAUAAUAACAACAACAGCAGUUUCAGCAACAGCAGCAGCAGCAACAACAACAAAACCACCCCCAAACCCUCAGGGCCAGGGAUGUGCAAACGGAACUUGUUUCCCAGUACACAUUCAGUUUGUACGAUGGAACAGGAAUGAAAUAGCGUGCAAAAUCCUGCGUUCAGUUCGUGUUAAAUUCCGGCUUGCAAGACAAUGGGAAAGAUAAGCGUGUUUGAAAUCGUCCUGAGCAACCCCCAGGGAGUUUACUUCACGGGACAGGUUCUGCAAGGUCACGUGAUCCUGGAACUAACUGAAAUCAUCAAACUCCGAGGCAUCCGGAUUUCAUUUCGGGGCAAGGCGUUUGUUCAUUGGACGGAUCAGUCGAUGAGAGGGGCGGGGCAGAGCAGAUUCAGGGAGGUGCGGCACCACUCAGCAACAGAGGAAUACCUCGACAUUUCACUGGCGCUGCUGGCUAGAGGUUCCAAGUCUGAGGAAAAGAAAAUACUGCCCCCGGGCCAGUACACGUACCCGUUCCAGAUCGAGUUACCGUACAAUCUUCCGUCGUCGUUCGAGGGUCAGUUCGGCUUUGUCCGGUACUGGGUGGUCGUCAACAUCGAGAAACCGUGGAACACCGACUACUCCGUCAAGAAGGUCUUCACAGUCAUCUGCCCUGUCGAUCUGAACAGGGAACCCACAGCAAGCACUUCCUCCCAGUGUCGGAAACAGAAGCGGAUGUGCUGUCUGUGCUGCCGGUCCGGGCCGGUGUGCGCCGAGCUGUGUGUGAACCAGAAGGGGUACGUCCCCGGGGAACCACUCUAUAUCAACGCUGAAGUGACGAAUCUGUCGAGAAGAAAAAUGGGCGUGUCCUCGGUGGCCUUAAGAAUGUCUGUUGUAUUCCACACACCUGGCAAGUCACGGUCCGUCACACAACAGGUUUGCAAGAUGAAACACGGGCAGGUGCCAGCCGGAGAAACGGAUCUGUGGGAGGGGGAGAAAAUGGUCAUACCGCCUCUCCCCCCGUCAUUCCUACUGGGCUGCAACAUCAUCGACAUCAAAUACACAAUAGAGUUGCGGGUGGACCCUGUUGGACCCGCCUUUGAUCUCUGUGUUCCAGUUGAUAUUAUAAUCGGCACGAUACCCAUCCAAUCAUCGGUCCAGAAAUACCUGGCUGCCAGUCGCUCCGCAGUUCCGACACGACAGGUGCCCCGCCCUCUACCCCUACCUCCGCUGCCGUUGGGAGCCGCUCCCCCUGGUGCUCUGUACGAAAACACCCCUGUUUUGGCGCCACAUUUCGUCGACUACGUGUUUGGGAAGAGAUACAUCAGAGACGAUGACAACAACGGCGACCACGCGCGAGGUGACGUCUACUUCUGUCCUCAGUACGUCUACUACAGACUAGACAUACCAGCCAAUCAGCACACGCACCGACACUGACGUCAUCUGUGAUGCAAUAAACAUAUAAUGAACAUGAACAUCAACAAUAGUGAUUGGGCCAUACCAUGUGUAAAGCCUGGGACGUAUCAUGUGUAAAGCCUGGGCCGUACCAUGUGUAAAGCCUAGGCCGUACCAUGUGUAAAGCCUGGGCCGUACCAUGUGUAAAGCCUGGGCCAUAUCAAAAAAAAAGUAAACAUAUGGUCAUUCUGAUACUGUUUUUUUUAGAGGAAACCCGCUGUCGCCACAUAGACUACUCUUUUACGACAGGCAGCAAGGGGUCUUUUAUUUGCACUUCCCACAGGCAGGAUAGCACAAACCAUGGCUUUUGUUGAACCAGUUAUGGAUCACUGGUUGGUACAAGUGGUUUACACCUACCCAUUGAGCCUUGCGGAGCUGGGCCAUAUCAUGUGUCAAGCCAGGGCCAUACCAUGUGUAAAGCUGGGCCGUACCAUGUGUAACGCCUGGGCCGUACCAUGUGUAAAGCCUUGGCCAUACGAUGUGUAAAGCCUUGGCCGUACCAUGUGCAAAGCCUGGGCCGUACCAUGUGCAAAGCCUGGGCCGUACCACGUGUAAAGCCUGGGCUGUACCGUGUGUAACAUUUGGGCCGUACCAUGUGUAAAGCCUAGGCCGUACCAUGUGUAAAGCCUAGGCCGUACCAUGUGUAAAGCCUGCGCCAUACCAUGUGUAAAGCCUGCGCCAUACAUUGUGUAAAGCCUGGGUCAUGCCAUGUGUAAAGCCUGGGCCAUAACAUGUGUAAAGCCUGGGCCGUACCAUGUGUAACACCUGGGCCGUACCAUGUGUAAAGCCUGGUCCGUACCAUGUGUAUAGCCUGGACCGUACCAUGUAUAAAGCCUGGACCGUACCAUGCGUAAAGCCAGGGCCGUACCAUGUGUAAAGCCUGGGCCGUACCAUGUGUAACGCCUGCCAGUACCUAAACUAAAAUGGGGCAAAAAAUUUUUUUAGAGCACAGUAAUAUCAGGCCUUUUACAAAAUCUUCACGACUGGUAUAUCAAAGGCUGUGGUAUAUGCUUAUCCUGUCUGUGGGAUAGUGCAUAUAAACGAUCCCUUGCUAUCAAUGGAAAAAAUUAACGAGUUUCCUCUCUAAGACUAUAUGUUCCAAAUUACCAAAUGUUUGACAUCCAACAGCCGAUGAUUAAUAAAUCAACAUGCUUGUUUUGUCGUUAAAUAAAACAAACUUUUAACUUUUACAAAAGCUAGAUAACAAAGUGCACUUUCAAACUAAAAAGGGCACUUUUUAGUAUUUUGUCGGAGGUGGGAGGCAACUGACCCCAGCCGUCCCUCACCAUGGUGAUAUUAAUCUGGAAAAAGGUUUACUUGAAGCCCUCCACGUGUGACAAAAUAGUCUAAACUGCUCUCUGUUACAAACUGCUCGAGUAACACUGAAGGUCGUACUCAGUAUGAUAUGAGGGUGGGACGUAGCCCAGUGGUAAAGCGCUCGUUUGAUGCACGGUCGGUUUGGAAUCGGUCCCCGUCGGUGGGCCCAUUCGGCUAUUUCUCUUUCCAGCCAGUGCACCAUGACUGGUAUAUCAAAGGCCGUGGUAUAUGCUAUUCUGUCUGUGGGAUGGUGCAUAUAAAAGAUCCCUUGAUAAUAAUGCAAUGCAGUUUAAUAAUUUGAUAGAAACGGUUACAAUGCAUUACAGUUUAAUAAUUUGCUACAAACUGUUUGGAUAACAAUGAAAUACAUAAUAUGUUACAAACUGCUUGGGUAACAAUGCAAUACAUAAUAUAUUACAAACUGCUUGGAUAACAAUGAAAUACAUAAUAUGUUACAAACUGCUUGGGUAACAAUGCAAUACAUAAUUUGUUACAAACUGAAAUGAAAUAGAUCAUAAUAACGUGUUACAAACUGCUCAUACGUGAAAACUGAUAAUUGAAUCAAACACGUGAACUUUUGUAUAUAAAUUUUAUAUGUACACAACUAAACUUGCUAUAUAUUCAGUGUUUGUUUUAUUUGUUAGUUUUUAGCAUCUGCAGACUAUUUUAGGGAGAGAUGCAACUUUUAAAUAUGGCAUCUAAACUGUUGACUAAUAUGCAUUGUAUGUGUGUGUGUGUGUGUGUGUGUGUGUGUGUGUGCGUGCGUGCGUGUAUGUGCGUUCGUGUGUGCGUCAAUCUAUCCCAGAAACACACAUACGCGCGCGCGCACACAUAACAUCAACAACAACAACACACAUAAAAUAGUUUAAUUGUAUUUGUUAAACACUGUAGGCCGAAUUUACAAAGCCUGUUUUUGUCUUACACGCGUGUAAA